CUGGUGUUCUGCUUGAUAUUCCAACCAUAGUGGUUAUUGGUGGUCAAUCAGCUGGGAAAAGUUCCCUUGUUGAAGCUGUCAGCGGGAUCAAUGUUCCCCGGGACAGUGGCACGUGUACAAGAUGUCCUAUGGAGUGCACGAUGUCGAGCGCUGCAAAAUCCUGGUCAUGCACAAUUUCUCUUCGCACAGACUAUGAUCAUACUGGCAAAGCUCUUGCUCAGUCAUCCAAAGUACUUUUUGGAGCCCCUCUCACCAAUAAGAACGAAGUUGAUAUCUGGCUCCGCCGAGCCCAGUCCGCAAUUUUGAACCCCUCUCUCCCUCCCGAGUCAUUCUACCAGAUGCCAUACGCGGAACUGCGAGGUCGGGCGAAUGCCUUAAAAUUUUCGAAGAACGUAGUCCAUAUAUCUAUCGAAGACCCUGAAGCUACUGACCUGUCAUUUGUUGAUUUGCCUGGUUUAAUUCAAAAUGAAGAGAAAGAAGUCAUAGAGAUAGUUCGCAGCAUGGUAGAAACAUAUAUAAGCCGAGAGAACACCAUCAUUCUCACUACAAUACCAAUGAGUGAUGAUAUGGAGAAUCAGCUAGCAGUGAAACUUGCAAAGGAAGCAGACCCGGAAGGUGAACGAACCAUUGGAAUUCUGACAAAACCUGAUAACGUGGGUCCAGGUGAUGUCAGUAAACGUCAGACAUGGAGGAACGUCCUCGAAGGUCGCGAACAUAUAUUGACACACGGAUACUACUGCGUUCGUCUCCCUAACGACGCCGAACGAGCUGAGAAGCUUACGAGGGCCGAGGCGCAGGCCCGCGCUUUGGGUUUCUUCAAUUCAACAAAGCCUUGGAGCGAGAUCGCAGACCGUGGUCGCUUCGGAAUCCCAGGGUUCGUCAAUGACAUUAGCGAGCUGCUUAUCCAGUUGAUCGAGAAAGCUCUUCCCAAGCUCAAAAAAGAGAUCGAAAAGCUUCUUGCGAAUUGCGCCGACAACCUCGAUAAACUGCCUCCACUUAUCCUGAACAACCCUGUUGCCGAGGUUAUAAGUCGUGUCAAUGCAUUUUGCGAGGGCCUCAAGAGUGCUGUGUAUGGCAGAGAGGAGCAGGGCUUUGCACAACGCGAUCGGGCUGUUUUUGCCAUCCUCAAGAGGAGCAUUCGCCUCACAGCACCCGAUUUCAGGCCGUUCGCCGAUCCCGAAAACUACAGAUCAAUGGAUGAAUCUGAAACAGAUCUCCAAGAAUCUCCCGGCCUCAAGUUUCCCAACCCCGCCGUACCCGUUCUGGGGCUCUAUCAAGUGCGCAAGACUAUUCAAGAGUCAAUUGGCUGGGAGCUGCCAAACAAUGUGCCAUAUGAAGCGAAAAAAGUCCUUAUUGAUGGUUUCACUAGCAUGUGGAAGGAACCCUCCAUGAAAUGUUUUACGGAUAUUCAUUCCAACCUCUUGAAGUUUGUGGAAGAACUAAUCGCGAAACAUUUUGGGCAGUUUAAGAUGUUAGAGAAUUAUGUUGGGAAUCUAAUCAGAGAAGAAGUCAAAGAACAUGAAGCCUUGGCACGGGUGGCACUUGAAGAAACCCUGAAGCUCGAGAUUGACCCGUGCUUUACUCAAAACACUCACUACUUCGACACUCUCCGUAAUGCUUGGCUUGCUAAAUACAAACAUGCAAUACACGAUCCAAUGUAUCGUCGCGUCGAUCUCCACGAUAUCGGGCCGUCAUGUCGGCAUAGCUAUUCCGCAAGUGAACAUGUGUACGAGGGUGCCUUCACUCGAGCAGACGUCUCUCAAGCUUUACGGUCCCUGGCGCAAGCGGGGUACAAAGACUUAAAAAUCGAGGACUUGGCUCGAUUAUUGCCCCCGAAUGGCUUUGAAGAUGAGUUAAUAGUUAUGGCAGAUGUCCGUGCCUACUUCAACGUGGCGUACAAGCGUAUCAUCGACUAUGUUCCUCUCAAAAUUGAGCACUCCUUGAAUCGAGCACUCGCGGACAAACUUCCCGAAAGCUUGUUGAAUAAUUUGAUGAAGACACCUAACUUAUUGGACCGGAUGGCAGAAUUCGUGAGCGAAGAUCCUGCGAUUACUGCACGACGAGCGGAACUCCGAACAAGACGUUCUCGACUGGUGAAUAUUCAGCAGAAGCUUGCGAAUUUUGGGAUGUGAAAAGCGUCGUAAAUAUUUAAUUGGUAAUUACUGUUGGUCGGAAAUCAUAUCUUGGCACGAUGUACUUUUUCCCCUAAGAAUUCAAAUUUCUUGCGAUGUACUCAGUGAAACGCAAAUUGCGCAGUGA